AUGCAUCGUAACGGAUAUUCGUCUCGCGACGAUGUCAGUAUUAAUUCAUUCAAAUCGUCGUCUGGGGACUCAAGACCGUUCAGCGGUCUCGACCCUAGGACCAGGUCAACCUCGGAUUUGUUCGAAGUACCCGUGGGCCGUAUCAAACCAAAGAUGUACAAACGCGCUUCGACAACAUCUGCAACACUCAGCCCUCAAAUUGUUCAACGGUCAAGCCAAAAUCUAUCGUUGAUACCCGAGCAGACGCAGCUGCCCUACUUGCCUUCACACUCUUUAACGCCCUAUCAGAAACAAAGAAAACUCAUGAAGAACAGUUUUCAAUUUCCCAACGGUGAGAGUUUCACACCCAAGCAGAAGCCGAUCAAGGCUUUCUCUUCUUAUAACGGAAAAUCUCACGGAUCCGGACUGCCGAAGUCGGCAAGUUGCAGUAAUUUUCACGCUGGCGUGGAUAGGACAAACUCUUUGGUGAUGCCAGAAAAGCCUAAUCCUUCUAUCCGCUCUGGUAGCUUUACAGCAGCGUCUGUUUCAUACACUCCCAUCCGUCCAAUAAACCGCUUUCACAAAUCCGCCAGCACUUCGAGAUUAUCUCUGGAUGCAACGUAUGGAAAAAAUCAACUGCCGCUCUCGGGUAACGCACCUAAUGGCAGGCUUGCCAGUCAGCCGCCCCUCCGAUCAGCUCCUGCAUAUCUCACCAGCAAUUUCAACAGUCAUUCAUCAAAAACGCAGGCCGUUUCCAGUAAUAAUUCCACGAACAGCACCAACAGUAUGAAAAGUGAGAAUGUUGUAAGCAGUAACACGAGCACAGAUGCAAGUGAAACCCCUUUGAAGCCUGUGGCACCUAUCAAGGACGUUCCUUCGAAUAGGUACACGUUGAAACCAUCUGGCCCUGCGCAAGUUUUGUCCGCACCAAAAAGAGUACCUGCCUCGGCUUCUGUUCAAAUAACAACAGCUAAGCCAAUGGUUCCGGCCAAACCUAUACAAAAAACUCCUUUGAUCCAGCCAGUAAAACCAAAUGCUAGCAAAGGUGUCAAAAUAUCGUCCUCUUCUCGUAUAAGCUCAUUUUUCAGAAAACUGUUACCAUCAAAGAAAACCAAGAAGAUUAUUCCAGAGGGUAAACCACCUAUGAGCAAAAGUAAUACACCCGGUGUUAUUGAGACCAAGCUUGUUGAAACGCCAAGCAUAUCGAUAUCGCGUCCAAGUCAUUCGUCCUCUCAUGAAGCCGUUACUGUUUCGGAAAAAGCUGAAUUCAACGAAGCCGAUCUGGACGGUGCUAAUGACGGUGACAAUGAAGUGGACGAUUAUGACGACGACGAUGAUCAGCUUCUAGACAUAGACUUGGUUUUUGACAGUUUGCUUCUGAAGAGCGACCACCCUACCACCGCCACGUCAAUAUCUCAGAAGACAACGCAGCGAGCUUUAUCACCAGAGGUAAAAUCUUCCGAACCAGCAAUUGAGAAGAAGGUGAUAGUUGAGGACAGCAAUAUAGAUUACGGGCUCGUAGAAGAGUUUUCCCGGUUGGGGAGUUUAAUUGCCGACGACAAUAAAUCUUCUGAAAGUUUAGCGGUCACACCUCCACCACGGUCUCUCAAAAGACCUCUCUUGGCCAACAAAGAAUCGAUGGCUGGAUUUUAUCGAAAACAUGCGUCCGAAAACAAGGUUGCAGAUCCUGACGCGAGACUUGAUGUCAAUCUUAAGCGGGAUUGGGAAAAUGUACAUUAUGACACAGUCAUUGCCCUUGUUACUGUCCAUGAGCAGCCAAAUAAAGGAAUUAUACCCAAGAGACUUAGAUUUGGGCAAUCUGUUUACGUCAAAGACACGUAUGCUGCGAGUGACUACGAGAGAAGCGACAAGAAAUUUAUCCGUGCUCGUCGUCGCAUGAUGCAGACUCAGAACAUGACGUUCAUCCAAGCUGUGAAGCAUCAACUCAAUGAGUUCAAAAAAGAGGAAAUGAUGGUUCACAAUGAGAGUCUAAAGAACACUCAUUACUUUCUUUAA